AUGCCUUCCGUUUGGAGUAAAUUGGUUGAUAAAUUAUUGAUGACCCAAUGGUCAUUUCCAUACAAUUGCUACGAGAUUGGCCAUGCCUGGGAGCCUUCGUGUUCAGCUUCAGCUGUUGAUCUUACACUUGAUGUUACCGAAAAAGCUCUUGGAAUGUAUUCAGCUUUAUAUUUUGCUAACUUUGCUUUUCAACGUCGAUAUAAUUUUAAAAUGUUGACUUCUACUUUGACAAGCAUUACACGAUCUUCGGCUUUUCUGGGCUUCAAUUGUCUCGCCAUGUUUACCCUUGUCUGUGUUUUACGUAAAGUUUCCGGUAAAUUUUACUUUUCUCUUUUUGCCGCUAUUCCAGCCUUCUUUGGAAGCUACUUGGCCAUCUAUAUUGAACAUCCUGGUCGACGUAAAGCAUUAGCCUUUUAUUGUGCCAACAUUGCCUCUGAGUGUAUUUAUCGAGUUGCUCUUCGUCACUCUUAUGUUCGACCUUUGCCAAAAGGUGAAGUGGUUCUAUUCACAGCUUCAAUCUCUAUGCUUUUGUACAUUGCUUCACGUUAUGGUCUGCGUCGAGAUCCAAUUGGUAUGGCUUUGAAGUUGAUACUCGGUAAAACUGAGUUUAAAUCAUCAAAGUCAACCUCUGCUAUUGAGUCAGUUGAGGCAAAGAACAGUGAAAAUAAUAACGAUUUCAUUGAUAAUAACAACCGAGUUAAACCAUCGAUUGGAAGUGUUGCAAGAAACAACAUAUGA